AUGUCGUUCGGUGGCCAGACGCCGACCAUUAUCGUCCUCAAAGAAGGAACCGAUACUUCCCAAGGCAAGGGUCAAAUUGUCUCCAACAUCAAUGCCUGUCUUGCUGUCCAGGCCACUAUCAAAUCGACCCUGGGUCCGUAUGGCGGGGACCUGCUAAUGGUCGAUGAGAAUGGCAAGCAAACCAUUACCAACGACGGUGCCACUGUCAUGAAGCUUCUCGACAUUGUUCACCCCGCCGCCCGAAUCCUCGUCGACAUCGCACGAUCACAAGAUGCAGAAGUUGGUGAUGGUACGACGUCUGUGGUUGUCCUGGCCGGAGAGAUCCUAAAGGAAGUCAAGGACCACGUCGAGCAGGGUGUCAGCGCUCAGAUCAUCAUCAAAGGUUUGAGGAGAGCGUCAAAGAUGGCUGUCAACAAGAUCAAGGAAAUCGCCGUAAGCACCAACGAGGGUAAUCGCCGCGAAACCCUCAAGAAGUUGGCUGCCACCGCCAUGACUAGCAAGUUGAUCAAGCGAAACACUGAGUUCUUCACAGAGAUGGUUGUCGAUGCCGUUCUAUCCCUCGACCAAGACGAUCUCAACGAGAAGCUCAUUGGAAUCAAGAAAAUCCCCGGCGGCUCGCUAACCGAAUCACGAUUCGUCAACGGUGUCGCUUUCAAGAAGACGUUCUCAUAUGCCGGUUUCGAACAACAACCCAAAUCCUUCAAGAAGCCCAAGAUUGUGUGUCUCAACGUUGAGCUGGAGCUCAAGGCUGAAAAGGACAACGCCGAAGUCCGCGUGGAACAGGUGUCCGAGUACCAGGCCAUUGUCGACGCUGAGUGGCAGAUUAUCUACAAGAAGCUGGAGGCCAUCUACAAGACUGGUGCCAAGGUUGUUCUGAGCAAGCUGCCUAUUGGUGACUUGGCCACCCAAUUCUUCGCCGACAGAGACAUCUUUUGCGCUGGCCGUGUUACUGGGGAGGACAUGGAACGUGUUGUCCAGGCUACUGGAGCUGUUACCCAGUCGACCUGCUCUGAUAUCCUGCCUGAGCACCUGGGCACGUGCGGAAGCUUCGAGGAGCGUCAAAUUGGUGGCGAACGGUUCAACUUCUUUGAGGAGUGCCCCGAGGCCAAGACCUGCACACUAGUGUUGCGUGGUGGUGCCGAGCAAUUCAUCGCCGAGGUUGAGCGAUCUCUCCACGACGCCAUCAUGAUUGUCAAGCGAGCCAUCAAGAACCACAUGAUUGUUGGUGGUGGUGGUGCCGUUGAGAUGGAGAUCUCAGCAUACCUACACCGAUUCGCUGACAAAGACGUGUCCAACAAGCAACAGGCCAUUAUCAAGUCCUUCGCCAAGGCCCUCGAGAUCAUCCCCCGACAGCUCUGCGACAAUGCCGGCUUUGACGCAACCGAUAUCCUCAACAAGUUGCGCGUCGACCACCGCAAGGGCAGCAUCUGGGCUGGUGUGGACUUCAAGAACGAGGGUGUAGCUGAUAUGAUGGAGCGGUUUGUAUGGGAACCUGCCCUUAUCAAGAUCAAUGCUCUGCAGGCUGCCACCGAAGCCAGUUGCUUGAUCUUGGGUGUAGAUGAGACCAUUCGAAAUGAGGAGAGUGCCAAGCCACAAGCUCCUGGCCAGUUACCCCCCGGUGCGGCUCAGCGAGCAGUUCGUGGUCGUGGCCGCGGCAUGCCUCGUCGAUGA